GUACCAUUGUAUCAUUGAAUGUUCCAACAUUGAAUCUCCAAGCUCCUCGUCGUCUCAAUUCACCUCAAUUGGUUAUCUGCUCACUACACAAUCGGACAAGAUGGGUGGCGGUCCUCGAGUCUCCUACCCCAAGCAUGUCUGGUCUCCGUCUGGCGGUUGGUACACCCAACCAAGCAACUGGAAGGCGAACACUGCAGCAUACUUCGGCGUCAUUAUCGCAUUAACGGCUGCGGUGUGGAAAUUAAGUGCUGAUCGCGAAUUCCGACAUAAGAUGCCAGAAGAGGGACGAUUCUUCCCUAGCCGGUACUGGAGUAAGCAAAUAAGGGAACACGAGGCAGCAAAGAAGGCAAACAAACCCCAAGAAUCAUAGAGCCGGCGCUACAGUCAAGUGUACAUAUCUCGUUAUAAGAAGGGCAAUACAAGGCGUUUGGUCAACGAUCAGAUGGGAUAUGCGCAAUGGAAUCGAUGAUCACAACUUGCAGCUCCCUGUUCAGUGGUAAAAUCUCUGGUCAAGACUUUCCGGACGACCCGGACCAAAUGAGUUAGGCAACCUAGAAGGUUACGUCUAUCCUAUGAUGGUUAAUAAUCGUAUAUUCAUAUCAUAGGAAUGAUUCGGAAUUGACAAGAUUAAUUCAAUGGACAUACUAUCACUUCGGGGUACAUAACUUUAAUCACAGAUUUUCCCGCUGUUUUUAA